AUGCGCAAGUUUGUGGUGCCACGUUUUUCUUCUUUACCGUAUUUUUUGUCUGUACUUUUGAGCGGCACACGGUGCUGUUCGUCUCUUUCCUCAUCUGGAAACUCCGGUUGCAGCAGCAACAAUGGGACUGCAAGUGGACCCACCAUCGCACCGAAAAAACCAAAGCGACGUAUAUCCACAAAUAUAGACGCUUCUUCCCUUCUUGAUCGUGUCCCUCGAGAUCCUGGGGCUCAUGCAGAGUUCUCAACAGCCGAGCUGGAACGCAAAUUGGAAGAGUGGUCGAAUAUGAACCCACAGCAACUUCAAGAGCUUUAUGAUCGCCUAGAGAAGCAGGAGGAGGAGGAGAGCCGCGUACUCACGGAGGACUCAUUGUAUCAAAUGGAUGUGUCAAUGCGGGACCGCUCUCGAGCCGCUGUGCGUGUCUUUUGGAAGGAUGUGAAUGUAGGACCUCUUGAUGGUCAUGAGGGGUGGUAUACUGUCCUGGUAGAUGGACGUAAAGUAAAGGCAUUUGAGUCCACGCAUGUUCUUGCAAUUCCGAACGAGGCAAUGGCAUACUGCUGUGCGCAGGAGUAUGCGGAGCAGUCUGGGUAUUUGAACAAGCUCUUGAUGCCUAUGACGGACAUGUGCAGUGGAGCACUAACUGUUUCCCCUCAGAUGAUUGCGCUGCGUGUGGACUAUUUGAUGUCUUUUUAUCAGAAUGAUAACAUUUACUUCCGUGCUGCCCCCAUUGCGGAAGAGCAGGAUCGUGUCAUUGGACCCAUUGUGGAUUGGUUUUCACGUGCCUUUAAUGUGGAAGUGCCAAGAAUUGUGGGCAUUGGUCAUCCACACAUUCCUAUAGGCUCCAAACUUAAGGUGCGAGAUGCGCUCCUGGCCAUGUCCAUGAAUCCAUAUCAGAUUGUUGCGCUCUGUGUUGCGGCUCAAUUCACCAGCAGUCUACUCCUUCCUCUUGCAAUGUUUAAUUCUGUUGUUGAUCUUCCAACGGCGUUGUCAAUCAAUUCUUUGGAGGAGAGGCAUAACACCUCUACUGAGGGAGCCAUUCAAGGAUAUCACGACAUCAGAGACGCGGAUGUUGUCACAAAGCUGUGCGCAUGCGCUGUUACCUGGCAGUUGAUGAAAGGAAUCUCACUUUCAAAGUGUCUGGAGGUGGCGCGCAUUAACGUUGAGAAUGAGGCUCUUUGA